AUGGAUGACUAAGAUAAAAUUCAAGAGGAUGAAUGUAUGAAUUAAUAUUGUACAAUUGAAUCAUAAAAUGUUUAUGCAGCUAAAUUUAGUGAUUAAAUUCUAUUUUUUUGUAAAGAAUGUCUUGAAUUGUAUAAUGAGAAAAAGUGUUGUUAUUUCUGUGCUUAAGUAUUUAUACUAAUAUUCUAGGUGUAUAGUGAUUAAAAUGAAAAUUUUUUAGACGGCUAAAAAUGGAUAGCUUGUGAUUAAGAUAGGUGUGACAAAUGGGUAUUAAAAUUAUUAUAAAAUAAUUUAAGACGCAUUUAUCUUGUGAAGCUAAAAAUGGAAUUCAUGGAAUUGAAACCUUAGUAGAAGAAGAUUUAAAAUUUAAAUACAUUUGUCCAUGGUGUAGAAUUGAAGAUCAAAAAUUAAGAAAUAUGAAACCUCUGUAAAGAUCUAUCAAUAGAAAAGGAUUCAAAUUCUUAGAUAAAAUUCACAAAAGAAAAAAUAGUACUUAUGAACCUCCUGUAACAAGUAACAAUAAUUGUACUUCAUAUUUUAACUCAAUAUAUUCAAAUAAAUCAAGUUAUUUAGAUGAACUCUUAAAAAAGAAUGGAGGCUUUAGUUAGUAAAUAACUUAAGAAGAAAUGCAAUUAGAUUUACAGAAAAUGAUUUCAUUGGUUAAAUAAUGACACU